AAUGGUGUCUUGCGAGUUGCAGGUCGUAUCAGACAUAUGCUUACUAAGGGCGAUAAUACUGCAGACUUGCCACUAGACAAACAUCCGUAUAUUAUACCGAGAAACCACCAUGUCACAAUUCUUCUCAUAAGACAUUAUCAUGCGAAGGUUCAACAUCAGGGCAGGACAAUGACCGAAGGCGCAAUACGUGCUGCUGGUUUAUGGAUAUUAGGCGUUAAGCGAAAAGUCAAUAGUGUCAUCCAUAAUUGUGUACUUUGCAGGAAAUUACGUGGCAAGUUCGGUUGGACUCAAAUGGCAGACCUGCCAGCUGAUAGGUUACAAGUUGAUGCACCGUUCACUUAUGUAGGUUUGGGUGUUUUCGGUCCAUGGCAAGUUAUUGUCCGUCGAACACGCGCAGCAAGUUCUUCAAACAAACGUUGGGGUCUAUUAUUGACAUGCUUAGUAUCUCGUGCAAUACAUGUGGAACUUAUUGAGGAAUUAAGUAGUGCCUCUUUUAUUAACGCUUUGCGAAGAUUUAUUGCUUUGCGUGGACCAAUUCAGGAAUUGAGGUCAGACCGUGGUACUAAUUUCAUAGGUGCUGCGAAGGAGCUUAAUAUUGUAUCAGAAUUCUUUGAAGACACUCCGAUGAAGCAGUUUUUAUCAGACAAUGAAAUAGUUUGGAUUUUCAACCCCCCUCAUGCAUCACAUUUUGUUGGUGUGUGGGAGCGCAUGAUAGGCUCAUGUAGACGUAUUCUAGAUUCAUUGUUAAUGCAAAAUAAGUUCAAGGAUUUAACACAUGAAGUACUUUCAACAUUAAUGUGCGAAGUCAGUGCCAUGGUCAAUUCGAGGCCAUUGGUUCCAGUUUCUAGUGAUCCUGAAAGCCCGUCAGUUCUUUCGCCAUCUCUUCUUUUAACGCAGAAGCCUGCGUCGUCAAGUGGAUCUCUUGGACAAGUCGAAUUCGGAACAAAGGAUGCGAUGCGAAGCCAGUGGAAACUUGUUCAGUAUCUAGCCGACCAAUUCUGGUCUCGUUGGCAAACAGAGUACAUCGAUAGCCUUCAGGCUCGUCCGAAAUGGAAAUCUGGAGGUGAUAAUUUCCUUGAAGGUGAUGUCAUUCUCAUGCGGAAGACCGAGCUUCCUCGAAGUCAAUGGCCACUUGGUGUUAUUGACAAAGUAUUUGAAAGUGAUGAUUCUAAAGUUAGAAAGGUCCAAGUGUCUAUAGUCGUUGAUGGACAAAGGAAGUCGUAUGUGAGACCAAUAAGCGAAUUGGUUCGAUUGAUUGAAGCAUCUUAAAACUCUUCAGUUCGACAAUUGCAAGUGGUUUAUAUUAUAGAUACAUUGUGAGAUUUUUGAGAAAUUUAGUAUGAUUUUUUAUGUUCAUUCAUUGUCAUUUUUUGAAUGUAUGUGUAUUGUGAGUAACAAUGUAUCACACAUCUUUUCUCUAGUUUUUCAAGUUUAACAUGCUAUAGAAGUAAUAAUUUUUUAUCAUGUGAUUAAAGAUAAAUGAGUUAAUUUUUGAUAGCGAUUUUCAGUUAGAAAUAUCGGAAGGGGAGUGUAAUGUUACCGGAACGGAUUUCCGAUUUGUUUCCUUUAUUAGUAUUUCUGUAAUGUCAGACGCAUUUCCUGUCAAAUUUGUUCUGCUUUCAACACUUAUAUUUGCUGGUUAUAAGCGCCAUAGAUCUUUUACCCUCAGUAGAAGGAGGAAUAAACAUAUCCAAAUUUAUAGUGUUCUUUGAUUUUGGGUCAUGUAACAUCACACUUU